AUGAGCGUUUCCUCAUCCCAUUUAUUUACCAGAAGCAGCUCAUCAAUUUUUGACGUAUCCCAUAUGUUGCAAACAAAUGUUUACGGCAAGGACUGCAUUUCUUGGUUUGAGUCAAUAUGUCCGGUGGAUUUGAAAGGAAUGGCCGAGGGGACCAGUUCACUGACAAUUUUUCUAAAUAAAAAUGGAGGAAUUAUCGACGAUUUGAUUGUAACUAAAGUAAAAGAUGACCAAUUGUACAUUGUGUCAAACGCUGGACGGAUUGAUGUUGAUAAACAGCAUAUGCAAGAAACUUCUGAGGCAUUUAAAAAGAACGGUAAAGAUUUAAGUAUCGAUUUUUUUAGUAUUACUCAAAGGGCUCUUAUAGCUGUUCAAGGUCCAAAAGCAGCAUCCGUAUUGCAACCACUUACAAACAUUUCGCUAAAAGACCUGAUGUUUAUGACCUCUACAGUGGGACAAGUAGCAGGGGUAGAUUGUCGCGUGACUCGUUGUGGUUACACGGGAGAAGACGGAGUGGAAAUAUCAAUACCGGCUGACAAGGCAAACAUGGUAACUGAAGCCUUAUUACAAUCUAGUGACGUAAAACUUGCGGGCUUGGGCGCUCGUGACUCGCUUCGUCUAGAAGCUGGAUUAUGUUUGUAUGGAAACGAUAUUGAUGAGAGUGUGACACCCGUAGAAGCAAAUUUGACUUGGUUGAUUGCUAAAAGGCGGAGAGGGGAGGCCAAUUUUCCCGGUGCUGACAUAAUAAUGCGACAGAUUAAAGAAGGUGUCAGUAAAAGGAGGAUAGGAAUACGGAUAGAGAAAGGUGCUCCCGCAAGAAAAGAUGCUAUACUCAAAGACAAGGAAGGAAGAGAUGUUGGUAAAAUAUCCAGUGGUUGCCCAAGUCCGUCAUUAGGAGGAAAUGUUGCCAUGGGAUAUGUUGCUGAGCAACUGAAGAAGCCUGGAACUGAACUAUUAGUUAACAUCAGAGGAAAGGAUGUACCUUGUAGCGUAUCCAAAAUGCCUUUUAUUCCUUCAAGGUAUUAUGUGAAGAAAUAA